UGUGUGUGUGUGUGUGUGUGUGUGUGUGUGUGUGUCAGACUGCUCUGCAGCAUCAUGGACACAGAAUACUCCAAGAGGGUGUACCAGGGCGUCCGGGUCAAGCACACGGUCAAGGACCUGCUGGCGGAGAAGAGGUCCCGGCAGACCAGCGGGCCCAGAUACAACGGAGGAUCGCCCACUCCGCCUUCCUUUGUCCAGAUGUCAGGCUCUCACAUGCUGCCCAGCUACUACGGCAUGAGGCGCCCCUUCAUCUCCGACUCAGACUUCUGCCCGUCCACCAAGCAGUUCUCCCCUGACGGCUACUCGCCCUCGCUGGCCGGUAAACCUCUGGGCUGCGAGCCGUCUUCCAUGACCAGCUACUCCUCCUUCAUCGACAGCUACUACCCGGAGACCUUCGGAGAUUAUCGGAGCGCCGCCGCCUUCUCCAGCUCCGGAGGAUCCUUCCUGCCAUCGUCGGCCCUCUCGUCCUUACUGCCUCCCUACGGAGGAGAGCCCUCGCACUUAUUCCUGAGAGACUCGUGGGAGCAGUCGGUUCCGGAGCCGGUGUCCCAGGUGGAGGCUCUGUGUCCGGACAGCAUGGCCUCCGUCAGCGCCCCGCCCUCCAUGCCCAGCCCGGAACCCCCGGGGAGCCCGUCCCAUUACCGCUCCCCGAGCCGGAGCUCCUCCAUGGGCCCCGGCAGCCAGCCUUACACCCUGCACCCCCUGGAGGAAGCCCACUACCACGCUCUGACCACCAGCGGCUCCUACCCGGGCCCCUCCGCCUCCUUCCCCUGCCCGUCCUACAUGGGCACCCCCAUCAGCGACCUGGUGACCAAGAUGGGGACGGAGGAGGCGUCCGACGGCAACGUCGGCCCCGCCCCCGGCGGCGAGGUUCACGCCUCCUGGGCCAAGGAGGACGGGGUGAGCUCCUGGUCGCCCUACGAGAUCAGGAGGACCUACUGACCGGAGCACACAGACAGUGAACAAUGAACUCGACGAGCCUCGGACAGACUUGAGCUGGACCUGACGGGAGAUUCCUUUGUUUUCAUCCUUAUACGUUGAAUGUUUUCACUCAUGUAUUUAAGUUGGUAAAAUAGUGUCAGGUCGUCUCUUUCAUGAUUUCAUGAACUGUUUAGUCGCUCAACUAAU